AUGGCUUCUUGGAAUGGACGCUACAAGGUGAAGAGGAGAAGAGCAAUCCACAGUGGGCAGGCCCAUCGCUGUUUCAAGUGGAUCGAAGCAGCUCAGGCCGCUGGGUCUUCCGUCUCUCCACUUGGCAGGGUGGCCCAGAGCUCGGAGCUCUCCAUCCCUUUGCUGGCGGUGUCCAGUGUGCGGGAGUACAAGCAGGAUGCACUUGGCAUGAUCUUCUUCGUCCGCUACAAGGCGUCGGGCGGCGCACGUGUCCAAGUGCUGUUUCGAGCUGCCAACAGCGAGAGCCGCACCGCCUGGGUCUCGGACAUCUGCGAGGCCAUUCGUCAAGCGCGAAGUGAAGCAUCAGGUCGCUAG